UWCCCUAAAUUUAUAUUGAUGGUUUCUUGCGCUUGAUGGUUGAAAUCGUUCGAAGGGGUCUUCCAGUAAAGAGCACGUGACUUCUCACGAUUUUCCGGUCCUGUUCUUGUAAUUCAAUACAGAGCCAAAAUAUAAUGUGAGACAACUGACCGCUGCGCCUGUUGAAGAGUUUGGCUGUGUGCAUGUGGGGACUGGACACUUGGACAUCAGACACUGACCACAAGGAAUACCUAUAUUUUUCUACGUCUUUCUGGGAAUGAAACAUUAGUUUAAUAUAAAAUGUGUGAAAUAAUAUUUAGUCAGAUUUUUCUUCGGUUUCCGUUACUUCUCUGGAUGGCAGGUGGGCCUACACAUGCCGCCUGUCRUAUUGAMCUCAACCCUCCKAGAUUGGUGUUGAGAUAUGGAGACUCAGUCUCAGUCAACUGCAGCACAUCAUCCACAGACCAUGAGGGGAUMGGCUGGGAGGCCACAUUAGYAGGUACAGGUUUAGAAGAGGUCAACUUUGUCAUCUGGAAUGUGGAGAAUUUGACAGACUGGACAAUACAACCUAAAUGCUUCCUCACAUCAAAAGAUGGAGAGCAGUGUUCGAAAAAGUUCCCUGUCAUUCUAUACAAGACUCCAGACAGCGUCUCCGUCUCUCCUCAGAGACACUCUGGUCCCAUGGUGGAGGGGACAGAGUACCAGCUGCAGUGUGACAUACAGAACGUCGCUCCUUUACGSAGCCUGGUUGUCAGAUGGUACAAAGGGAAUGAAACUGUAAAAAUUCAAACAUUUAAUGACUCCAAGAUGAACCCAGUGGAUGUGUUCUCCACCCUUAACAUCACCCCCAGGAGAUUUGAGGAUGAAGUAAAGUACAGGUGUGAGGCAGAGCUGYACCUGGGACCACUACCUUCUGUCAUGUCAUCACAGACUCUUCAUUUUGCUGUUUACUUCCCACCACAGAACAUUCUGGAGCUGAGGGACACAGAAGUUGAUUUUGGUUCCCCUACUGGGCUGAAUUGCUCCUCCAAUGGGAACCCCCGGCCAGAGUACUCCUGGACUUUUCACCGGGCCCCCAACGUGAAAUUGAAGAAUGAUGAUGGGGGGUCCCUACUGACCAUCAAGCAGGCCGCAGGGGAGAACAUUGGGACCUACACAUGCCACGCCAGUAAUACCCUGGGAAAGGUCUUUAAAAUAGCCAGAGUCUCUGUCAGAGGAGCAGAGCCGGUAUGUCCUAUCAAGCUGAUCCCCGAGAGUGUGGUGGUGAAAUAUGGAUCUCCAAUCUCAGUGUCGUGCAGCAACACAACCAGUGUUGAAGAGAUCUACUGGACAGCAGGUCCAGAAGUUGUCAAUGACACUACCUGGAGUGUURUGGAACUCCUAGACUGGGACAUAAGGCCUGGUUGUAAGGCAACCUUUCAGGGGAUUGGAAGAUGCAGUAAGCCUCUGCACAUCACAGUAUACAAGACUCCAGACAGCGUUUCCAUCUCUGUUCUGAGACACUCUGGUCCCAUGGUGGAGGGGACAGAGUACCAGCUGCAGUGUGACAUACAGAACAUCGCUCCUCUACAGAACCUGGUUGUGAAGUGGUACAAAGGAAAUGAACCCUUAGAUAAUGUAACUUACAGUAACGUCAGUAAGACACCAGUGGAUGUGUCAGAUACUCUGAUGAUCAGCCCCAYUAGAYYWGAUGAUGGAGCUCAGUAUAGAUGUAGAGCAGAACUGGACCUGGGACCAGAGGGACCACAGCAUACAGUGACAUCAGAACCUCUCAGCAUUACUGUACACUAUAAGCCAUGCAUCAAUGCAUCUCGACUGCCAGUGAGGAUACCUGUGUUCAGGGGCUAUCCUGAGGAGUUAGUGUGUGAGGCUGAGGGUUACCCACAGCCCAGGAUAAAGUGGGUCUAUGACCCAGCGAAGCAUGUCAGUGAGGCGGGAGGCAACCUGACUGUCUUUGAGGCCGGGCUCUACAACUGCACCGCCACCAACGAUGUGGAGACGACCUUCAUUGUGGUAGAGGUGGUUUUUAAUGAGGACUACCUGCCCCUCAUAGCGGGCUUCGUGGCCUUCAUGGUCGUGGUCAUCUCGUUAUCUUCGGCUUUUGUUAGUGAUCACAGUUUACUUUGGAGUUGCCAAGCAGGACCAAGUCGGAAUUCCACUCGCCUUUCAACUCCGACCAUAGUGGACCUCAGCAAAGUCUGCAAAAAGAUGGAAAACAACUUUCUAAAAUGGAUCCUAGCCUUUUGCAUGUUCUGCACCGUGUCAGGUGAAGGAUGCUCUCUGGAGCUGAAACCCUCCAGGGUGGUGGUGGGYUUUGGGGAGCCUGUGUCUGUCAGCUGUGAGGCCUCUCGCCCGGUGCGUGUCCUAGGCUGGGAGUCAGCCAUCGGAGCAGCACACACCCAACAGGACCGUGCUGUCCAAUGGAAGGUGGACAGUCUGAUCGACUGGAUCGAGGAGCCUAUCUGCUAUGGAGUCUUCUUCACUGCACCCAGACAGUGUGAGGAGAAACUCAACCUCAUUCUUUACAAGACUCCAGACAGUGUCACCAUCAGCUCAGCGAACCACACUGGUCCCAUGUUGGAGGGGAAAGAGUACCAGCUGCUCUGUGAUGUCCAGAACAUCGCCCCUGUUCAAUACCUCACCCUGAGGUGGUACAGAGGGCAGACUGAAGUUUACAACCACUCUUUCUCUGAUCUGACCCCUGCCUCCCCUGUCCAAGUAUCCUCCAUCCUCCUGAUCACCCCAACCAAAGCUGAUAACGGAGCCCAGUACAAGUGRGUGGCUCAGCUGGAKUUGGGACCAGAGGGACCACAACCYCCUCCUUCAGUGACAUCAGAGCCUCUCAACGUCUCUGUGCACUACCCCCCAUCCUUCCUCAGUCCUGAGGCUGAGACCCUGGACAUCGGUGUGGGGGAUGAAAUCWCAUUAAACUGCACGGCUACAGGAAGCCCCAGUCCUGUGUACAGCUGGCAGUCUUCAGAUCCCAAAGAGAAGAUGGAGGACCAACCUGUUUUUACCUCUUCCUCCUUGCUUCCAGGGACCUACACCUGCAUUUCCUCUAAUAAGAUUGGCAAGAAGAGUAAGCAGUUCAUCAUCAAGACUAAGUCUUAAGGUGUGAGAAUGUCAUCAUUGUCAGCCAGACCAUCGCACAGAAAAAAAGGAAUCGCCUUACAUUUUUAAAGACUUUGGUCAUGUAAUAGUUUAUAGUAGCAUAUUAUUGUGUUAUGAUUGAUUCUUGUUGUUAUUGCAACAUAACGUAUACUUUGAUGUGUUUAAAUAUAUAUGUAGGGUAUACAGUUCACUUUCAGUGUGGAGAACCCUAGAACGCGAGGUAAUGUGAAUAAUUAUAUCCAUUAAUAAGCUAUCCAUUAACUUUAUUUUGGAAAUCUACGUUGUUGUUUAUGAUGUUCUUUCUUUUUUUACAUGCAUAAAAACACUAAUAAAAUGACAAAUGUAUAUUUA